GUCGACACUCGCUUUGGUGCCGUAGAUUGACUAGGAUCUUGAACUUAUAUAUCUCCAAGCCGUCCCCGGGUUUGCAACCCGUCCAGAGGUAAGAUUUUGCAGUUCAUCAUGUUCGCCACGAUGAUCGAAGAAAUCCUUGCCGACAUGACGCCCGGGAUGGCGUCCCUUUACAUACUGGGAUUCUUGGUUCUGGUAGGCUUCCUUCGAAAGAUCCAAGUGUCCAUGCACAUCUCACGGCUGGGAUACCGCGCGCCUCUGAUCCGCUUCCGUCUUCCCUACGCGAUGGACUUCAUCAUCGAAUCCGCAAAAGCCAAUAAUACGCAUACGGACCUCCAAUUCUGGUCCAAAGCCAUGUCAACUGCCAAGAAACCCCCGCAGCUCCAGUCCGUCCAGACUGCGGAACUCGACGGCGGCAUCUCCAACCGGGCGAUCUUAACAAAGGACCCGGAGAACAUCAAGGCGAUCCUGACGGGCCAGUUCGCCGACUAUGGAAAGGGCGAGCCCUUCCACCGGGACUGGAAAGAAUUCCUGGGCGACAGCAUUUUUGUGACCGACGGGGAGAUGUGGUCUCGCUCGCGCCAGCUGAUCCGUCCCAUGUUCGUUCGCGAGCGGAUCGUCGACACGGAAAUCUUUGAGAAACACGUCCAGCAUCUGAUCCCCCUCCUCGCGGGAAGCGGCUCCCCCGGCGGCAGCAAGGUGGUCGAUGUCGGCCCCCUGUUCUUCCGCUACACGCUGGACGCCGCCACGGACUACCUCCUCGGCAAUGGCACCGACAGUCUCCAGAACCCGACGACAACGUUCGCAGAGGCGUUUCGAUACGUGCAGAGCAAACAAGCUGAGAUGUUCCGACUUGGCGUCUUCAACGCCCUCGUAUCCAAAAAAGAAUUCCGCCGCAACCUCAAGCUCAUGGACGACUUCAUCCAACCAUACAUCGACCACGUGCUAUCUCUGUCCAGCGACGAGCUAGACCACAAGCUCUCGAAGCAGGAGACCUUCCUGCACGCCCUAGCGCGAUUCACACGUGACCCACGUGUCCUGCGCGACCAACUGGUAGCAAUCCUCCUCGCCGGUCGCGACACGACCGCCGGAACGCUAUCAUUUUGCUUAUUCGAGCUCUCGCGCAACCCAGCGGUAGUAGCCAAGCUGCGCGAGGAGAUCGGCUCGCGCGUGGGACUCGGGGCGUCGGGACGCAAACCCAGCUACAUCGACCUCAAGGAGAUGAAGUACCUCAGCGCGGUACUAAACGAGACAAUGCGAAUGUACCCCGUAGUACCAUUCAACGUACGCUUCUCCCUCCACGACACGACGCUCCCGCGCGGCGGCGGACCCGACGGCCGCGGGCCAGUGGGGGUACGCGCCGACACGCGCGUCAUCUACUCGACGAUGAUCAUGCAGCGCGACCCUGAGCUGUACGAUCCGCCCGGCUCGCCGCACUACUUCGAUCCCGGCCGCUGGAUUCCCGAGAGGUGGCAGUCGGGAUGGCAGCCUAAGCCGUGGCAUUUCAUUCCGUUUAACGGGGGGCCGCGUAUCUGUAUUGGGCAGCAGUUUGCGACGAUCGAGAUGGGUUAUACGGUUGUGCGGAUUUUGCAGGCGUUUGAGAGUAUUCAGGCGUUGCCGGUUACCGGUAAGGAUUGCGUUGAGGAUCCUGUGUUGCGGUUUGAGGUGACGCUUAGUCCGGGGUCGGAGCUGAAUUGUGUGUUUGAGAGGGAUGGCAGUACGGCGAAGGCUUAGGGGGGUAUGAUGGAUUAUGAAUGUGCAGUUGUUUUGAAUAUGAUAUCAGUCUACCUACUACUCAAAUGAAC